GUGGCCGGGGGUCUGAGCCUCGAGGGGGGCUACUGAGGGGGUUACAGCCCUCCUCCUUCCUCACGACUCCGGGAAGGUCAGCGCGGGCGGGCGGGGCGCGCUCCUGCGGCCGGGCCUCACUGGCCGCUGGGUCCCCACCUGAAACUCCGCCUGCCACUCUGCCCCAGAGGAACCAAUCAACGCCCAACCUGCCGGGGUGAGGCGGGGUUUAUACAAAUCGUGUUGCCUCCGAGAGACACUUAGUGACUCAAGAGCUGGGAGGCGUCUCCGGCGCGGACCUUGGAGAAUCUGGCCGCCAAGCUGCGAGCCAGUCUUGGUCCCCGAGGCCGGCUGAGGCUCGGAGCCAUCCAGCGACUCGGCGAGCGGCCUCAGGCCCCGCCAUGGGGAAGACCAACAGCAAGCUGGCCCCAGAGGUGCUGGAGGACCUGGUUCAGAACACGGAGUUCAGCGAGCAGGAGCUGAAGCAGUGGUACAAGGGCUUCCUGAAGGACUGCCCCAGCGGCAUCCUCAACCUGGAGGAGUUCCAGCAGCUCUACAUCAAGUUCUUCCCCUACGGCGACGCCUCCAAGUUUGCCCAGCACGCCUUCCGCACCUUCGACAAGAACGGCGACGGCACUAUCGACUUCCGGGAGUUCAUCUGCGCCCUUUCGGUCACUUCCCGCGGCAGCUUCGAGCAGAAACUCAACUGGGCCUUCGAGAUGUACGACCUGGACGGCGACGGGCGCAUCACGCGCCUGGAGAUGCUGGAGAUCAUCGAGGCUAUCUACAAGAUGGUGGGCACCGUGAUCAUGAUGCGCAUGAACCAGGAUGGGCUCACGCCCCAGCAGCGUGUGGACAAGAUCUUCAAGAAGAUGGACCAGGAUAAGGAUGACCAGAUUACCCUGGAGGAGUUCAAGGAGGCGGCCAAGAGCGACCCAUCCAUCGUGCUGCUGCUGCAGUGCGACAUGCAGAAAUAGAGAGUGGAGGCUGGUGAGGGGCAGGGCCCCUGGCCAGGAGAAGCGUUAGCCACCUCCCAACCCCAUGAUCUCUCUGGUUGGCCCUUCCCCAGGGGGAGGGGUACUCCAGCUUCACCCUCUGGCCCACCCACCCCUCUGUGCAAGCCCUUGCUCCCUCAGUCAAGAUCUUUGAGGGACCACCUCACCCUGGAAAAGAGGCAGAUCCUCAGGUAUCCUGUGUUCUAGCACCACCCCCAGUCUUGGCCCAGAACUAACACCUGCUGGGCAUAGGGGAGUUGGCUUUUGCCCUUACUGGUAGGGUUAAGGAGGGAGUAUGGUGUUCUGCUUUGAAAGUCUGUUCUUCCUGGGAUUAUGCUUUAUAGAAUGUGAUCCCACAUACCCCAGUUAAAGGGCCAGAUUGGCUCUGUCCUGUGCUGAAGACCUAGAUCCCUUAAAGGUGGUCUCUGCCCUGCCCCCUCAACUCUACCCUUCUGGCCCUGUCUUUGGAGCAUUCAUUCAGUCCUUUUUUCAGCUAAUACUUACUGAGCACCUGUUCAAUGCCAGGCACCUGCAGGUGCUGAGGAUAUGGUGGCCUACAGGACACAUUUUGUGUUCCCUGGAAGCUCCUAGAGCAGUGAGGCGGGCUUCCAGUGGUCAGAGUCACAGAUGAGGGUGUCGAACACAGCUGAGCCGAGGGUGUGGUAAAGCUGGUUAACUUGAGAGGAGCUAUUAUAUUGAAUCUUUCCACUCAGUCCUACACAGAGCCGCAGAAGGAUGAAAUGAAAAGUGUUUGGAGGUCUAGGAACCAUGUGAGUGGAAGUUUUAAGAAAAAUUUAAAUUUAUGUAAUACUUAUUUUUUCAGUACCCUUAAAAGGAGCUGAAGUCAUUUUAUUAGUCUAGGGUAUUAAAACAUACUUUAUAUUACUCGAUUUCUUAUAAAAUGAUCAAAUGAAUGUAGAAAUGCCACUUUUCACGGGGAAAAAGAGCUGAGAAAAAAAGAGGGAAAACACCACUAAACUCACCAGAAACACCUUUUCUUAUCAGGCUAAAUCCUCAGCUGCACCAUCAGCAGCUUCUUUUCUGAUGAUCUCUUUCAGCGCAGUGAGCAACGCUGUUGCACACCCCCCUGGUUGGGUGCUGUCUGCAGAAACACACACACACACACACACACACACACACACAAGAUUUGCCAAGAUUGAGGCUGUGCCUUUCCCACAUCUUGGUAGUUCCUUAGUGGAUUUGGUCUACUUUCAAGGAUGGGCUUGUUCUUUCACUGCUACAGAAGCAGAAGGAGCUAGAAGAAGAGGAAGGACCACCUGGCCACUCUUUAGGCUGCCAGGCUGCGUUUAUGGACCAAAUGCUUAGAAACGUACUGGGCAUGCUCCAUUUGAAAAGCUUUCUCUAACCCCAAAUCUGAAAUCUGCCAGGUAAUUUGUCUUCUCAGUGCACUGGCUUUGCUUUCCAACGUCUGCUUUCUGAUUCUGGAUCCAUGAGCUACACAGCUGCAUGCUUUGCUAGAAAACUCAUCUUGCUUCUUCAAGUCUUUCACUUUACACUCUCCUGUACCUGUGGUCAGAAAUUAGCUUUGACGUGCAAUGACAGUUGAUUUCCUCUUGAACCGCUGGUGAAAACAGUCUAGUACACAGGUGCUGCCAGCCCAGGGUGGGAGCAGGGAGUGGUUGCUGAGUCGGGGGGGUGUGGAUUGUAUCAGCAGGAAAGCAAUGCAGCACACAUUUUACUUCUAGGUGUUCACCUUCCCUCCCUCUCUGCAGGUGGAAACUCUAGGGCACAGGUGGCAAACACAAAGUCCAAGGGCCAAAUCUGGCCCUCCACCUUGUGUUGUCCUGCCUGGCACCUUGUUUCUACCCAGUGGCAGCACUGAGCUGUUGCUUAACUGUUAAGGAGUAGUUACAUUUAUACAGCCCUAAAAUGACAUUUGGCCCUUGGAAAGCAAUCAUAAGGCUGAUGUGGCCCCCGGUUACAAUGAGUUUGACACCCCUGCUCUAGGGGAUGCUGACCUUUGGUCCCCAACUCUUUUGGGCCUUUCUUCUUGCUGCUCUUGAAGGUAGCAAGGCCGCUGGAUUCCCACCCUCUUUCUCUCCUCCUAGCACCAGCCACAUGGUAAGGCUGGGGCACUCACAUCCUCAGGCAGUAACCAGCGUGCUUUUAUCUAGUGACACCUCGGACGAUGUCCCGUUGCUCCCAGGAGCUGCCCACUGGGCGUGUCUUGUGCUGUCAGUGCACCACAGGUGCAGAUACUCAACAGCCUGGCUCAGCUGACACUUCCGAUGGAAGGCUUUUUACAAAGUGGGGUUCCUCUCCCCCAAAUGUUGAAUCUAACCCACCUCCCAAUCACACAGAACUUACGGCUUUUGAAGGCUUGCCACCUACUCCAUCCCAUUCUACACUCAAAGCCUAGGGAAGUAAGGAUUUUCAUUCCCUUUCUCCAGACUUGGAAACUGAGGCACAGUGUGUCCAUGGUGCAAAAGCACAUAGUCAGGAAUGGGCACAGCACCAAGACUUGAACCCAAGGCCUUAAGCAGGGUUCUUCCCUUCAGAGUCUUUCUCAGGCUCAUUUGAUUCUGAGUUGUACGGAGGUCAACUGUGGGGCAAGCUAAGUUGGUUGUGGUCUUUUACAAGCUUCCUGCUGAGGCUGUGGUCUUCCAAAAAGAAACUGAAUCUUGGUUGAAGACUCCACAUUUUCAAGCAUCUUGUUUUCUGUUUCUGGGCAGCUCUGCUAAUAAGUCAGUGCGGUCCUAGGAGGCUCUCACUCAGAAGCUGGGAAGCAUCUUGCACUGUCUUUGCCAUCAUCUUCCUCCCUAAGAGAACUGCUUUUGUUUUUUCCCAACUGGUAGGCAAGUCCUACCUGUGAGGGUAUGUUUGAUCACUCCAAGCUUUUGGACACAUACCCCUGGGUGAUGUUUGCUGGUGAGGCCAAAGAAUCUCAUGCAGCCCAUCAGUGUCGGACACCUAACACCAGGCCGGGAACCUGGCCCACCAUCUUGCUAAUGGGAGGAGCCACAGGCAGGCCAGGCCUUGCUCCCAUGUGUUCCUGUGGUAGAGCACUGGCCCUACUGUGAGAAGAGAGGCAGCCCUCCCAUCUCUGCCCCAGCUGGGAGGGACCUGUCACAGAGCACAGGGUUAACAGAGAUUGAAGUAUGACUCGCAUAGACUCAAAGAUAUACAGACAGUUAAAACAUUGAUAUAUACAAACUCCCCAAACUCCCCUUUGAAGUUCUGUAUCUUCUUGCAGCAACUCUGAAUUGCAAAAUUCUAACUUCUGCCUUCUAACUGUACUCUGCUUUCAUUCAACCUUUGAGCUAAUUGAUGAGCUCCUUCCUAUCUCUACAAAUCAUCAGCAAGGGCUACUUCAGGUGGCCACUCCAGCCCUUUGGGCUCUAGUCAGGAUUACAUAACUUACCUGAAAUCAAAAAUUAAGAAAAAGGAAGCUUAUAUGCAAAAGCUCUGCAUCUUUUCCUGAUGAUGGCAGAGUCCCUGGAGGUAGAAAUUCUGCUGGAGAGAGAGAGAGAGAGAGAGAGAGAGAGAGAGAGAGAGAAGGAGGAAGAGGAGGGGAGGGGAGACAAAGGAAAAAAUAAGAGAAUAAGCUGAGGUUUCAAGGCAAGGUAGUAAGCUGACACUGUAAAUAUUUUUACACAAAACUUUACUAAAGCAACAAAGAUUCCCUGAAGAUCCACCCUGGAUGAGGCUUUGUGCUGACUUUAGAAAUCAUUGUGGGGGAAGAAUACAUUUCCUACAUAUUUUAUUCAUCAGUUUUGAAAAAAAAUUCAAAUCUUGCCAUUGAAAAGUCUAAGAAAAAUAUGGGAUUGUCUUUCUGAAAAUUUCAGGGUUUUCUUUUACCUUUGCCAGAGUGUGGGGGCAGGACCGGGCCUCCCAGGGUGUCUGGCCCUUCCUGCUCGGUGGAGGUUCUGGGAGUGAGGAGGCCUGGGGCAGGAGGGGGUGGUGGGUGGCCCCGGGGGCCCUCCCAACUCACCACUGUGGCGCCUGUGUCCCCUUCAGAUGCGCUGCUCCUGGCUGUGCUCACAGUGACCGUCCUCACUGUUCACCCCUGUGCUGUGUGGUGUUUUUUUUUCACUGACAGUGAAUAAAAGGUGUGGCUGUG